UUUUAGCGAUCAAAAUUUUGUUGCAACGAGGUAUUUUGUUAUUGGAUCGCUUUGCAGAAAAACAAUCCGUUCUACAAAAAAAAAUUAUGCUAAAAAAAUGGCACGUAAUAUGAAAAAGUAUACGUUUUUCAGGUGUGGAAUACUAUGGCUUUCUAUGUUGAUCUCAAUUUUAAAAUCUCAAUCAUUCCUAGAUAUAGAGGAAAUUUCAAGGAUGAAAUAUGGAGUAAUAAUAUCAAACAAUCCCGUAUUGUUUAAUGAGAAAAUUGGCGAAAAUGAGUUGAUUAUAUCCUCUAAACACGGACAACAAUACAUAUGCACUUUACCAGAAAUUCAGGUUGAUUUAAAUGUGGAGCAAAAGAAUUCAAACUUUCACUAUAGUUUGGUGACAAAGAUUUUAGAUGAAGCUUUUAAUGGAUCUUGUCUUACUUAUCACAAAGGGUGGUGGUCAUAUAAUGUGUGCCAUAAAGACAAGAUAGAACAGUUUCAUGUUGAAAAUGAUGCAAAAAUAAGUUCUGUAUCAUUGCUUGGUUUUUAUGAGUCUGAGGAUUAUUCAAAUGUUUCAGUGAGUGAAUCAGAAAUGCUAAACGGACCAGUACAUAAUCAAAAGUAUACAAAUGGAGCUAUUUGUGAUCUUACAUCAAAACCACGCAGUAGUGUAGUGAAGUACAUAUGUGGUGAAAAUAAUGCAAUUUUACAAGUUGAUGAACCUGAAUCUUGUCAAUAUGUUGUUACAAUAAGUAGCAUAAAACUUUGUUCUCACCCAUUAUUCAAAAAGCAAGAAGAAAAUGAACAUUUUAACAUGGUAUGCUCGCCCAGUCUUUCUCAGGAUGCAUACAAUAAAUAUAUUAAGUUGAAAAAAAAUAAACAAGCUAACAGUAGAGACUUAAAAGACAAAUAUAAAGAAAAGGAGGCUGCAGCAAAUAAGAAACCAGACAUCAAAAAUAUUUUUCAAGACCUUAAAGAUACUGCUACUGGUUUAGGCAUGUUGUUUGGAAGUUUCUUUGGAGAGUUAGGUGAAAGUAUGCAAAAAAUAGCAGCUCCAAUUAAAAGUGAAGCUGAAGAAAAACAAAUUAUAAGCACUAAGAAUGUUUCUCCCAUAGUAACAGAAAAUGUUCCAUCGUCUGAAGGAAAACAAGAUAUUAGUAAAAGGGAAAAAAUUUCAACAGACAUUUCUGAAGAUAAUCAAAAAACUGAAUUAAAUAAGUUACCUCUUGAAGGAAAUACCAAAAACAAUAAGAUUUCACCAUUAGAAACUGAUGUAGCAGAUAAAUUUUAUACUCGGAAAGGUCAGCUUUCUAUAGAAUAUAGUCAAUUAAAAGACAGUGCUAAAGAUGAAAUUCAAAUGUCCAAAAAAAUGCUAGAAAAAAUGCAGAAAAAGGUUGAUGAGUCUGAAACACCUGCAGAAAAAUUAGAAUGGGAAAAGCUUGUUAAGCUAUUGAAAGAAGACAUUAAAAAAUUUGAAGACCAAAUGAGUGUGUUGGAUCAACAAAUGACUGAAAUAGAAAAAGUAGAGGAUGAAACAGAGAGAAAUUUGCAUAUUGUUAAUGAUGAAAUAACAAGUGAAAGAAAAUUGAAAAAAAUUGCAAGUGCAUUAAAAUCCACAAACAAAUUUGAAAAGUCGUUGAUUGACCAUACCACAGAAAAAUUGUCUAACUCAAAGCUUAAAAAUGCUGAGGCAAGUGAGAGCAGUUUAUCUGCUUCACUUAAGCAAUUAGAUAAAGUUUAUAAGAUCUUUCAGAAAGGCAUACGUGAUAUACAAAUGAAAGAUACUGAUGCUAAGCCAAAAGACUCUCAAGAUGAAAUAAUUAAAAAAAACAGUGUUAAUCAAAAUUCUAAAAAGUUAAGCGAGCAUGUUAGUUCUAUCAAUGAAAAAGAUCAGAAUGAUAUGAGUAUUCCUAAUGAUGAAAUUAAUGAAAAAAAAAAUACUGAUGAUAAAAUGACAAAACAUUCAAAAACAUUGGAAAAUGACAAGGAAUCAAAUGAAAAUGAUGAAAAUAUGUUGGAGGUUAAGUUUGGCGUCCAGUCUUUUGAUGACUUAGCAAAUGAAAUUGAUAUGGAUGAUAGUGAUGAAAAUCUUGUUGAUAAAAAUGCAAAAGAUAUAGAAGUAGCAGUAAAAAAACAGUUACAAGAAGCUGGAUUUAAAAUAAAUGAUAAUAUCAAAAUAAAAAUUAUAACUUCUAAAGAAAAAUUCGAUAAAUAUAAUGCAAAUUCAAAACUUUUAUCUACAAGUGGUUCAUUCGAUUUUAAAGAUUUACUUAUGGGUUUAUUGGGAAAUAGUAAAGAAAAAGAAACAGAAGAGAAUCGAUACAAUGCUCUUCAGAGUAACUAUGAUACAAUUUAUGAUGAAAAUGAAGCUGAAGAAGAAAACAAACUUGAAGAGGGAGAUUUGAAUGAUGAAAUUGUUUAAAAAUAUUUAUUAAUAUUUAUUUUUAAACUUGCUGAA